CGCCCUUGGCUGGCGGGAGUUUUACUUACAGGUGGCGGCGGCGGCGGCGCGGGAGGAGGAUCGCACAGCUGGCCAAGACCAGGAAGGAGCAGUCACUUUGGCGCAGGACGUCCAGGGAAUUCUCCACCCAAGAUGACUUCUAGAUCAGAGAUUGUAGAAGUGCUAGAAGAGGAGCCAGUGGCAUCUAAGACUCAUGAUCAUCAGCUGGAACCAGAUGCCAGCCCUGCAAAAGCGAGUUGUAAAUCAUCCACCUCCCUGGAGAUGACUGAAGGCAUUUCAAAAGGACAAAUUCACCUUGGCUCUAGCCCUAAAAAAGGGGAAAUUUGUGACCUCAGCCACCAGGAAAGACUUCAAUCCAGGUCCCUUUGUUUGUCCCCCCGAGAGCAGUCUGCCCGUCAUCAAGACAGGAGGCAGUCCUGGCGGCGAGCAAGUAUGAAAGAAACGAACCGGCGGAAGUCACUGCCUCCCUUUCAUCAGGGCAUUACAGAGCUCUGCAGAUCCAUCAGUGUCAACAUAGCAGAAAGCAAGCGGCUGGGCUCUCUCCUGCUUUCCAGUUUUCAGUUCUCUGUUCAGAAACUUGAACCUUUCCUAAGGGGCACUGAGGGCUUCAGUCUUGAAAGUUUUAGAGCCAAAGCAUCUUCUCUUUCUGAAGAGUUGAAACAUUUUGCAAACAAACUGGAAAGUGAUGGAACUCUACAGAAAUGUUUUGAAGAUUCAGAAGGAAGAGCAUCAGAUUUGACUCUGGAAACAUCAGUGGCUGAGAUGAAGGAAUAUAUAACAAAGUUUUCUUUGGAACGUCAGAGCUGGGAUCAGCUCUUGCUGCGCUACCAGGAGGAGGCUGAAGAAAUCAUAUCCAGAGGAUCAACUGAAACCAAAAAUACUGAAGUUGAAGUGGAACCUACAACAUAUCUUGGGUCUUCCCAGAGUGAAGUCCUUAAUACAAAGCCUGACUACCAGAAAAUAUUACGGAACCAGAAUAAAGUCUUUGACUGUAUGGAGUUGGUGAUGGACGAACUGCAAGGAUCUGUGAAGCAGCUGCACGCCUUUAUGGAUGAAAGUACCCAGUGCUUCCGGAAGGUGUCAGUACAGCUCGGGAAGAGAAGCACGCAACAGUUAGAUCCUUCACCAGCUCGAAAACUGCUCAAGCUUCAGCUACGGAAGCAACCUAGCACACAUUGCUCUAAAUCUUGUCAGUGACCUUAUGCAGCUUUUCUGCCACAAGGUGCCCUAGAGGAGAGAAACGGAAGAGUGCCCCAGUGCUCAGCAACUGCACGGCAGACUGAGCUGUGACAUCUGCCCUGCUGCCUUUGAAGAUAACUGGCUGACUAUAAAGCACUUCCAUUUUUUUCUUAAAAUGAUGCAUCUGCAAGAAUGUCACAUACAAACUUUUUCCAAGAAUGUGCAAAAUGCCUGAGACUUCUGCUUCGGAAUGACCUUCAGAACGAGUGGCGCUUUCUUUUAAAUAUCCUUUGUGAUCAGAAACCUUCCUCUUAUGAAGAUGUUUUUCAGGUUUUGAAACAACCCAGAGUCAUUCAGGACCAAAUCCAGUAAACAUGUUAGGGGUCAUUCUGGUCGUAAA